AUGAACCGACAACUACUCUCACUACUGGCUCUCUUGGCCGUGGCAAACAUGGCGUUCGGCAUCGUCUGCUCACCGAACAUUUGCGAUAUCGUGAGAUGUAUGGAGUAUUCAGAAGAGAAUUGUGAGUACACGGUUGUGCCCAAUGGCGGGUACUGUGGAUGCUGCAAUGCUUGCGUGCACCUACUUAAGGUAGGAGAAACCUGUCCCACACUCCAUUUAAAGGGCGGUCCCCCACCGACAGUCAAAUGUGAAGAUGGUUUAGUCUGCAACGGCCAAACUGGCAAGUGUGAAACUGCCUAA